CACAUUUAUUGAAUUGCUCACUUGAAUGGCUGGAUGUCGCAUUUUCUCAUUCCAGCUCCCCAUUUCGGGACCGCAAUUGGUACUUCGUAGCUGGUCACCAGCUCCUCUAAAAACUUAGUCCUAAAACAUUAAUACAUCGAUCACAGAUGGAAGAACACAAAUUUGACGUUAUCAUUAUUGGUACAAAUCUUGCAAACUCGAUCUUGGCAGCUGCAUGCUCAUGGGAAGGCCAAAAAGUACUCCAUAUUGACAAGAAUCCUUUUUAUGGUGAAUUAGAUGGCUCUUUGGCUUUACAUGAUCUUUUAAAGCUGUCAGAUUCUUGCUCAUCAAGUAAUAAAUUUCCUUUUGCCAAUUUUGAUAGCGAAUACUCAAAGCUACGAAGCAUUCAUGUACAGGUUUACAACUCUGAAGAACUUCUAGCCGCAAAGAGCAUUUCUAUUCAGCUGAUACCACGGGCUCUAUUUGCUUCUGGCGACCUAAUUAAACUUUUGACUCGCUCUCACAUAUACAAAUACCUUGAACUCAAGCCUGUCUACGCUUCUGAAUUGUACUCAUACAAGAAAGAUUGGCUGAGUGUGCCCGAAUCUCGUUCUGAUAUUUUUACGAACAAGAUUCUUGACCUCAAAUCAAAGCGGAAAGUAAUGCGUUUUGUUACGUUUGUCCUAUCCUCCGAUCAGGAACCGCACGCAGAGAUUUUGGAGCAAUAUUAUGAGCAACCUUUCAAAAAUCUUUUGUCAAAUCAUUUUGGACUAUCUCAUGAACUUAGAGAAUGUGUAAUUUACGGACUGUGCCGUUCUUUGAGAGGCGACAUUUUAACGAAGGAUGCUAUCACAAUCAUCCGUAAGCAUAUCCAAUCUCACGGAAUCUAUGGAAACUUUUCCAUGCUCAAAGCAAAAUAUGGAACGGGUUCUGAACUGUGCCAGGCUUUCUGCCGUUCAGCAGCCGUUAUGGGAGCAACUUACAUGCUUUCACAAGAAGUAAGGGGUAUCGGUCAAAACACUGUGACACUGGAAAACGGAGAAGUCUUUCAUGCCAAGGUUAUUAUUGACAACAAGAUUGAGAAGGGGCCCUCCCUCUUUCGUAUCCACCAGAGAUGUAUUGUUUAUAAAGGCGAUUGCCGAAAGCUCUUUAAGCAACGAGAUGUUUUCCUUAAUAUGGAAAGUAGCCACUACUCAUUUUCUCCAGCUUCUUUGGACGUUACCAACGACGCAAGUGUUCAAUGUUUAAUUAUAGGGCCACAGAUGGGUGAAUGCCCUCGUGACCACACUAUUUGGUAUCUUCGCACACUUGAGUCUAGUAAUUGUGAUGCGGCUCUUUUGCAGGCUGAAAAUCUUCUCUUACAACGAUGUGAUCCUGAGCAUCCAACACGAUUGAUGCAAAUGGACAUUGAAUGCGACGACACUACCUUAAUGGACUAUGAUGCGGCAGUACUUCAUGCCCAAUCGCAAUUCCUUGAUUUGUUUGGUAGUCUUGACCACUUUUUAGUGCCAGAAAAAGAAGAUGAAGAAGAGUAAACGGUAGAAAUCCCUGGAAUACAAUUGGUUUCUUCAUUUACGAACCUUAAUUCAACUUGAAAGAUAACCAAAAAUCUUAUUAAAUACUAAUUCUCUUAGAUAAAGAGAAGCUCAUGCUUGAUAAAUAAAUUUACGAAGCAGUUGUACAAAAAUACCACCUUGCCUGAAAAUGAAUUUCACCUACUUCAUCUUGAAGGGAUCAUCAGAAAUAGGAUCGAGGGUAACAAUAUUUACGCGAGGUCCAACGUAACGUUUGUUAGCUCCGGAGUACCAGUAGAUAAGACUGAACAAGAGCACAACAAACAAUACAACGCAGGCGUAAUUCAUGUUCUUAGCAGUGACAGGGCGCAUAGUAGGCAUAAGGAAGAUGACUGACACAAACGCCGUCCAAAGUACGGCGUAUGCACCGAUAAAUACAGAGAACCGUCCAAGAUUCCAAGGACCUGGUUUAUAACCCAGACGCUUUCCAAAAAUAAGUUUACAGGCAAUUGGCAAGACAUAACUCCAAUCCAAGGCGAUAGCACAGACACUGAAAAUAGCCUCGAUGGUUUCCAAGCUUCCAAGACCGAUUAGAUUAAGAGCGAUACAGAAAACGACGUUCAGCCAUACGGCAACAAGGGGGGUCGUCGUAGUUUUAUUAAUUUUGUACCAGUAUUUAGAGAAAGGGAGCAAGUCAUCGCGAGAGAAUGCCCAAAUUGUACGAGCAUUCGCUUGAAUAGCCGUAAUUCCCGUAAAAUUCAGGAUGAUGAAACCCAAUACUGUGAAGCAAACUGCGCCAGUCUUACCCAAGACGUUAGAGAAGAUUUGCGCCACGGGCUGUCCACUAGCUGUGUUAAGGAUAGCAGUAACAUUGUUGCCCAUAGUAAAGGCAAGAACGAUGUUGAAACCGGCACCAAGAACAUAAGUCAGGGAAAGUGCAAUGGCGAUAGCACGAGGGGCAAGCACGGCAGCAUUCUCAAUCUCUUCAGCAAUGUGUGCCGUUGCGUCGUAAUCCGUCAUACACCAAGCAACACUAAGGAAACCAAACAAGAAAGAAAAGCCUCUAGGCGUCCAUCCACUGCUAGGGUUCACAUCGGCAAACACAAAGCUCGCACUAUUGAAGUCCUUACAUUUCGCCAGCAAACAGACCACACAUGCAAUCAGAACUGCCAAAUGGAAUGCAGCAUAGAAACGAGUGAUACGGUCAAGCCAGCGGGUCGAGAGCGAGUUGAUGAGUCCGUGAAAAACAAUCACUGCGGCCAUAACACCAACGACAUGCUUGUUUGUGGGAACAUAAGAGAAAUCAGAACCGAUAGAGAUAGCUGAAAGCAGCAUUUGAGCACACGACCAGUCCGUACUACUAACACCUGCAGCCUGUCCUAAAAGAUUCAACCAUCCAACAACCCAUGACACAGCUGGCAUAUACUUCUUGGGAACCAAGUCUUUACAAGUAAAGUACAGACCACCACUGGUAGGGUAUGCUGAAACCAAUUCUGCAACUGCCAAAGCGAUACACAUGCAACCUGCACCGGCAAUAAUCCAACACCAGACAGCAGAGGGAGCACCUCCUGCUACUAAUGGGUAUGAGAAAGUCGUCAUAACAGUGGCGAACAGUCCGGAAAUCGAGAAUGCGAACGAAAAUGUAGCCCAUGUAGAAAAUUCUCUCUUAAAAACGGGCUUAUAGCCCAAUUCUUCUAAUCUUCCAUUUUCACUUUCCAAGCUGACACUUUUGCUGUCAUCAGCGAGCAUGCUAGAUUUGAUCGUGCUUGUGAAAGCCGUUUUCUGCUUAGAGAAGUCAUCGACUCGCGUAGACUCCAUGUUGAACUUUUUUAAACUACACGCCUUAAACUAUAUUGUUUUUCAAAUGCAGCUCAACCCUUCAGUACAGAUUCAAUUGGAACACAGCACGA